AUGGAGGAGGUUGAUGAAAUCGCCGAAGAGGUUCUUCGCAUGGGUCGAGAUGAGAUCACCAGUCGCACUCGCCUGCUGGACAAUGAGAUUAAGAUCAUGAAGAGUGAACUGAUGCGCAUCAACCAUGAGUUGUCCGCCCAGCGCGAGAAGAUCAAGGAAAACACCGAGAAGAUUAAGGUCAACAAGACGUUGCCCUAUUUGGUGUCAAAUGUCAUUGAGCUGUUAGAGAUUGACCCGAAAGAGCUGGGUGAAGAGGACGGCGCCAAUGUGGAUUUGGACUCGCAGCGCAAGGGCCAAUCUGCGGUCAUCAAAACUUCGACUCGCCAGACGUACUUUCUUCCAGUUAUCGGUCUGGUCGAUCCUGAGAAGCUGAAGCCCGGCGACCUCGUCGGCGUCAACAAGGAUUCUUAUCUCAUUCUGGAAACGCUUCCCGCCGAGUAUGACAGCCGUGUGAAGGCUAUGGAGGUGGACGAACGUCCCACCGAGCAGUACAACGACAUCGGCGGUCUGGAGAAGCAGAUCACCGAGCUUAUCGAAGCUGUCGUCUUGCCGAUGACACAGAAGGAAAAGUUUGAGAAGCUGGGCAUCGCCCCACCGAAGGGCGUUCUGCUGUACGGCCCACCGGGCACUGGAAAGACACUUCUCGCUCGAGCCUGUGCCGCUCAGACCAAAUCGACCUUCCUCAAACUUGCCGGUCCACAGCUAGUGCAGAUGUUCAUCGGUGACGGCGCCAAGUUGGUUCGUGACGCCUUUGCCUUGGCCAAAGAGAAGGCUCCGGCGAUUAUUUUCAUUGACGAACUGGACGCCAUCGGCACGAAGCGCUUCGACUCGGAAAAGGCCGGCGACCGAGAAGUCCAGCGCACUAUGCUUGAGCUGCUCAACCAACUGGACGGCUUCAGCAGCAGCACCGACAUCAAGGUCAUUGCUGCAACCAAUCGCGUGGACAUUCUUGAUCCGGCGCUGCUGCGAUCGGGUCGACUGGACCGAAAGAUCGAGUUUCCGCAUCCGAACGAGCAGGCUCGAGCGCGCAUCAUGGAGAUUCACUCUCGUCGCAUGAACGUCGACAAGGACGUCAACUUUGAUGAGCUCAGUCGCUGCACUGAUGACUUCAACGGCGCCCAGUGCAAGGCCGUCUGCGUGGAGGCGGGCAUGAUUGCCCUGCGGCGUAAUGCAACAGUCGUCAAUCACGAGGACUUCAUGGACGCCAUCAAUGAGGUGGCCAGCAAAAAGAAGGCAAACUUGAAUUACUAUGCUUAG